CGUAGGACGUAACUAUGAUCCUGCGAUGGAGCCUGUCUACGAAGCCUAUAUGGACUUGAGUUCCAAGUACCAUGCGAAAAUAAAGCGCCAACUUCAACUUGUAACACUUGAUCGCUCCAUGGCUUCUUCAUGUAUGGUAAAUGAGAAAUUGCAGAGUGUUCGUGAGUCUGCAACAAAAACAAUUCUUCAAGUAGCUAAAGUUGUUCUUGGCUUUUCGUCCUAUGUCGAUGGUAAACUCAUGGCACGAUCAUCGGGCUUUCUAAUUGAUUGGGAUGAGAGGAGUAAAGCAGGCACAGUUUUGACAUCUGCACGCAUAAUCUGUUCAAAGCAUUCAGCCCUAAGCCAGUGGUCAGGCACAGAUGAGUAUGCACCUAAUGCUGAGAUUGUUGCUCAUUUAUUGGAUGAAGAUGAUGCUACUGUACCUGCACUAUUGCUUCAUUAUGACAAGCACAUCAAUAUUGCUUUGAUUAAGGUUGAGAUAGACUUAUGUGCUAAGAUUCCUAGCUUCAGUGGUGACGUGAUCUAUGGUCAAGAGAUAUUUGUGCUCGGUAGAGAUGAACGUCUAAAUCUGACUAUUCAUCGUGGACGUGUUCAAUUUAUGGGCCCAAAUAAAUUUCAACGCCAUCACUAUCUGUUCUCUGGUUGUGUGAUUAAGCAGCCUAGCAUUGGAGGACCUGUUAUUGACUUGAAUGGUCAAGUUUGGGGGAUGGCUAAUUUUCCAGGAACGGCAUUUAUUCCUUCCUCCAUUAUAUUGAAGUGCUUGGAUAUGUGGAAGAAAUUUCAGUGCAUCCCUCGGCUGCAUAUUGGGAUGAAGCUUUCACCCAUUAAAUUUCUUGAUCCAAUUCAUUUGGAGAGGAUCUUUCGUAGGUGUAAUGUCGAUUCGGGUCUAAUAGUUCAUGAGGUGUCUCAUGGAUCAGUUGCUGGCGAACUAGGAGUUAGACCUGGUGAUAUCAUUUACUCAGUGAAAGGGGAGCACAUUGCUACCACAAUUGAGUUGGAGAACUUACUUAUGAGAAUGUGUGAGAAUCAUCUUGACAAAGGAGGAGCCAUCGGUUCCUGCAUGGACAUACCAGUUGGUAUAUUGCACGUGCGGAAAGGGCGCAAAGAUCCGAGGCGCAGGCGCACUUUAAGUUUGAGACUAAAUGUAGCAGAAGGCGUAGAGGUGUUCACAAGUGGUAUUUUAUCUGUCGAAGUAUGAGAUACUUGUCAGUUGUCACUGCAAAGAGAGUGCCUAUUUGAUUGAUGAAUAUGGUGGGAUAGGCAUUUUAUCCCCUCCCCCCUGGAUGCUAAAUACAUUACAUUUUAAAUAAAAAUUGAUCAUAUAUCUGUUUAUUUUAUUGGAGUCGGUGUCUUGCCUAGAGUGCAACUGUCGGGAUGAAGGUUGUAAGUAGUUUAUGCAUGCAUGGAGUAGCAAGGAGACCAGGGUGCUCUGCUCUGCUGUGACACUGGUUGUGGCCUAAAUAAUCGGUUUCGGGGCUGUUGGUUAAAGUUAAAAUUUACGACAA